AUCAAUAAAAUGUCAAUACGUGAGGCCUGCGGGAGACUUUUCUUGAGAGCGCGCCCACGGGCUAACCAUAUUCGAGAGCGGCGUGCGGGCGUGAGGAGAGGCUCGCAGGUUGCACACAACCCGUUCGAUGGAAUGCCGCACCAAACUUGGGCCCUUGCUGCGCGCCAAUGCCGCGCUCCGUGUGCUCCCUCCGGGCAGCCACCGUAGAAUCCACUUCCCGCCUGGCCCGGCCUCCUCCUCCGACGAGGAACAGUACCGCCCCCCAGCAUCGCGGCGCUGGUUCCACGCCGCCUACGCCCGUCUCCUCCGGCACGCGGGUUCACUCAACGGCGUCGACCACGCGGAAGGCCUCCCGCGGCACGCCGCGACGGGGUCGGUCGUGGCAUGCCCGCACGUGGCCGCGCGGGCGGCACACUUCGACGCGCUCGCGGGUGAGUUCGUCGCCGCCGCCGCCGCCGCGAGCCGGGGCCACCCGCCGCCGAAGAUGAAGGGGACAUCGCUGAGCUCGCUGACGCGGGUCUGCGACGUGCUGGGCGUGUCGGCGCAGCGGCGGAAGAGCGUGCGGCUCACCGUCUGCCCGCAGGUGACGCAGCACCACGUCUGGCGGGGCGCGCUGGAGGCGGUGCUCGGCGAUCUGCAGGCCGACCUGGCGUCGCUGGACGGCCCGUCCCCGGCGACCCAGAUGGCCGAGCAGAUCGCGUCGGCCUGCACGCGCUUUUUGUCAGGCACCGCCGACGCGGCGACGUCCUCGACGCCGUCCUGGAUGCGCCCGACGCCGUUCAAGAAGCCGGCAGAACCGCCGCCUCCGGCCAAGAAGUGGCAGGAGGUGCUGGACAUGUUCACCGACCUCGCAAGGAGCCUGGAGACCGACGACCGGCUCGCCGGGCACGCGCAGAAGGUGGAGGCCAUGAAGGAGGGGCUGUACCAGAUACGCGACGUCGUCAUCGAGCGCGACAUCGCCUUCAAGGAGGCGCGCCGGCAGGACUGCCUGGUGCAGAGGAAGCUGUCCAAGAGCCUGGGCCACUCCUCCAGGUGCCUCUACACGCUGCUGCUCUUCUACCUCUACGGCACCGUCCGGGACAUCGAGGUGCACGUCGGCAAGUGUGUCUCCGGCAAGGGAGGCAGGGAUGUCGCUGCUCACGCCGCCAAAUUCAUUACCGGCGGCGACGAAUUGGCGGUGAGGGGCAGCAUCAAGCAGCUGAGCCGCGCUCUGGGCGUGUUUCGGUUCGUCUGGGACGCUGCAAAUACUGAAUUUGAUGCUGCCAAUGACAAUGGCAAGGAUGCUGUUGUCAAGAAAAAGAAUGAAGUUUCAAAGGGUGUGCUAGAGCUGCAAGGGCAUCUCUGGGGCUUUGGUGUUGAGGAGAAGGCAGUGACAUACAGGGGAGAUGUGUUCCAUGUGCAUCAGAUCCAAUUACCCUGAAUCCCCUUUCUGCAACACAUCUUCUGCAAAAUCCAGCCAUAUGGGAAAAAAAAGCAUAUACAGAUGCGAUCUGAAUUGCUAUUCCUUUUGACUAGAGCUCUUCUCUGAAUUUGUACAAAGGCGAUGCGACUGCAUCCUGUGUGAAAGAUACAUACAGAAAGGGCGAAACAAAAAAAGGGGGGAGUUCCUUUGUCCUUCUAACAACAUAAUCUAUGGAACAUUUUUUUCCUUCCUGUGUACAAAGUAUUACUUCCUUUCGGAACCUCUACAA